UAACUUCUAGCUUGGCCUCACAUCAUCCUCUCUUAGAAGCUUGGUCACUUCUAAUAAGCUAGUCGGCAUCAUGAGCGUAAAGAAAUCAAAGCUGGAUCUCCUUGUUCGCGUCCGAUAUCAAAACCCACUUCCAGCACCUCCAUGUCCUCCGAAAAUCCUCGAUAUUCCUACUGCUGUUCUCCGCUAUGCUCGACCUGAACUUCUCGAUUCGGUCGCAAACGAGAUGCCUCUGCCGAUGAUCGUCGACGCUGAGUGUGGAAUGCCCCUGGAUCUGGCCAAAUGGGAGGCGUUAUGGGAAGAGGGAGCAGACGAAUCUGCUCUAAAUCCGGAUCCAGAAGCAGUGGCUUUACUUGAUCCAAAAGACCAAUUGUUGCUUCUUGACCCCUCAUCGUCCUCAGCCUUCGGGACAGGCGAGUUCUCGAGGGUUGGCUCCGGCGUGUCAACACCAAUAGCGCAUGUCCCAUGGCUACGAAAGACGGAGUAUAUUAGUCGCGACGCGGCCUCUACCGCACCACGAAUAUCGCAAAACGAUGUGCGUGACCUGUACGAUGAGGUUGACGUCUCGCACGAAGCUCAGCUCCGCGCUGUGGAAACUUCCUUUGAAGCUGCAAACGUAGACGAUUCGCUUUCUUCCUUCAGGCAUCCGACAAAACCGUCUGUGCACGCCGUGGAAAGCUAUGAGAUUCUGCCAGACGCGGAUACAUGGGCAAACUCGUACGACUUGUUCAAAUUUAGCGAACGGCCCGGGGAUCGGAAUCCAGAGCUCGAUGAUCCACGGCUGGACUGCGCUAUAAUGCGACCUAUGGAGGACGAGGGAGAGCAUUAUCUAGCAUACUACCUUAUGAAGGAAGACCAGGAUGCCUCACGGUUCAAACAAGCACGACUUGAGUCUGGUAUUGAUGCACUCGUCCCGGAAGACGAGGCUACAGAUUUCCACUUUGUGCGAGACUACGAGGUUGUCAAGAUCGAACAAGACGUACCCAACGAGUUUCUGCUACUAUUCGAUGAUGGUGACAUCGAAGUCGAUGUGCCACCUUCUGUGUCACACCAUAUUCCUGUACCAAAGGCGGACAAACCUGCUGAUAGGGGCGAGGCACGGGAGUUGGAAAAGAAGAGACAACGGGAACGACAGAGAGAGCCCCGAGGCAAAGGCGUGUAUUACAAGGAUAUCAAACGGAAGAUGCUUUUGAAAAAGAAGCGCACUGAACCAAUGGAGCACUCCCCAGAUAAAUGGGCACUCAUUCGUUUUGCACAUGUUCCUCCUUCACCCGAAGAAAUUGAAGAGCGGUCCGAGACACUGGCGGAAGUCUACGACCCGCUCUACCUUCUACACGAAGCAGACGCAGAAGGUGAAGAUGAUAUCGUCGUGCACAAUGGCCCAACGACAAACGCGCACACUGGGAUCACAAAGAAUGGUGUGGCAAGCGGUGGUGUCAUCGCUUUGGGUGCCGAACCUACUGGAUCCAAUGGUGCAAUGGACGGGAUCAUCGAGCAAGGAUUGAGCGGAGAUGGAGCCGGAGUACAGGCAGCUGAGAUGGAUGCGAAUGGUGGUGGCGAGCCCAUCAAAGUAGAGUAACUCAUUCGUUUCGAUGAAGGUCUGUUACUCGUCUUGCAUUGCUUAUCUUGUAUCGGUCAUCGCGCUUGCUCUCGUAUUGAACCAUCAGUUUCGUACGAUAUCGCUCCCCGCAAAGGGUUGCCUGCGAUUGGGUAGAUAUCGUAUGAGGUCCUGGUUUCAUUUACC